AUGCCCCGGGCGGCUACGGGGUCCAUCGCGGACUACUUGACAUCCUUACGACUUCCAAAAUUUGGGACGAUUGUCCGGAACAACGAGGGCAGAUACGAGUAUGGUCCCUUGUCAGGAAUCGGCCGUCCGUUCGACACCGCAACCCCAUUCUUCGAGGCGUGGGCCGACAGCGUCAAGAUUAAGCAGGAUAAAGAGACAAUCACACGCAUGAUGCAGAGAGGUCCAAUCCCGGCGGAACAGAUGGUUAUGAUUAUCGAGAAUUUCCCAUCGCAGAUCGAAGCGAUAUCUAGCCGGCUGUCCUUGUGCAACGAAGGGCCAAUCCCUCUGGACCAUGGUGACUUUCUUCAUAGUAACAUCAUGGUGAAUGGGAAUAGCUUCGAUUUAACGGGAAUCAUCGAAUGGGAAGCGCAUGUACAGUUCCCUGAGGGCUCAUCGCGUUCCCCGACCAUUCCUGUCUCCUUCGACUUCCCUCAGAAAUACGACCAAGAUGGGCAGCCCUUUGGUCAGGAGUUACGAGAAAAAUGGCGCGAGCGAAGGGAGUAUAUUGAAAUGGUAAGAUUGGCCGAGCUUAAAGAUAGCCUACUCUCGGCUUGCCUUAGCAGCAAGAGGAGCCAGAAUAUAGCUUAUGUGUAUGGGUCGUAUACUAAUUUUGGAAAGCUGGGCUUUUAUGAUCGGGUUGUAAAAGAGUUAGAGAGCAAGGAAUAA